ACACCCCUAACAGAUAGGGAAAGCAGUUCAUUGGUGUUGAUCAAAGCAGGAGAGUGGAAAUCAAAGGAAGUCAAUUCAAACUUUUCCUGUUCUCUGUGAGCGUCUGAGCUUCUGGACAGUGAUGUCAAAUGUUGAUAAUCUGCAAAUGAUUUUAAUGUUGAAGAAAUGUGUUGACAGAGAGAGGAAGAGGAGUCAUGUUUCUGUAGAGGAGCAGCUGUCCUGCUGUGCUUUGUGUCAGGACGUCCUGAAGUAUCCGGUCUCUACCAGCUGUGGACACUGGUUCUGCAGACAGUGCAUCACCUCAUACUGGGACCAGUCUGCUUCAUCAGGACACUCCUCCUGUCCCCAGUGUGGACAAAGGUUUCUUUCUGUCUCUCAUUUGUUCUUCUUUCCAGCUGAUGUUGGUCUGCAGGAGGUUUUAGAUGAACAUAAGAUCAGUCUGAGGAGGAGAUGUGAACGUGUGACUGAAGGAACUGAUGUAAGAGGAAGAGGAACCCUCCUCAACAGGAUCUACACUGAGCUCUACAUCACAGAGGGACAGAGUGAAGAGGUUAAUACCCAACAUGAGGUGAAGCAGCUUGAGACAGCUUCCAAGAUGAAGGCCCUCCAUGACACUCCAAUCAGGUGCCACGACAUCUUUAAAGCCUUACCUGACCAACAGAGACGCCUCAGAGUGGUUCUGACCUACGGCGUCGCUGGCGUUGGAAAAACCUUCUCAGUGCAGAAGUUCACUCUGGACUGGGCAGAGGGUUUGGAAAACCAAGACGUCAGUGUGGUGAUUGUGCUUUCGUUCAGGGAGCUGAACUUGAUCAAAGAUGAGCAGUACAGUCUUCUCAGGCUGCUCCAUGUUUUCCAUCCAACAUUACAGAAGGUCACAGCAGAGCAGCUGGCUGUCUGGACACCUUUGUUCAUCUUUGACGGCCUGGAUGAAAGCAGACUUUCACUGGACUUCAACAACAGUGAGAUUGUGUCUGAUGUCACACAGAAGGCAUCAGUCAAUGUGCUGCUGACAAACCUCAUCAAGGGGAAGCUGCUUCCCUCGGCUCUGGUCUGGAUCACUUCCAGACCUGCAGCAGCCAAUCAGAUCCCUCCUACAUGUGUUGACAGGGUAACAGAAGUACGAGGCUUCACUGACGCCCAGAAGGAGGAGUACUUCAGGAAGAGGUUCGGUGAUAAAGAGCUGUCCAGCAGAAUCAUCUCCCACAUCAAGACCUCCAGGAGCCUCCACAUCCUGUGUGGAGUCCCAGUCUUCUGCUGGAUCACUGCUACAGUUCUGGAGCACAUGUUGACUACAGAGCAGAGAGGAGAGCUGCCCAAGACCCUGACUGACAUGUACUCACACUUUGUGAUGGUUCAGACAGAGAGGAAGAAGAACAAAUACCAUGAGGGACAUGAGAUGAGUCCACAUGGGCUGAUGGAGGCUGAAAGGGAAGUUCUUCUGAAGCUGGGGAGGCUGGCGUUUGAACAUCUGGAGGAAGGAAACAUCAUGUUCUACCAAGAAGACCUGAAGCGCUGUGGUCUGGAUGUGACAGAGGCCUCAGUGUACUCAGGUGUUUGUACAGAGAUCUUCAAAAGAGAGAGUGUGAUCUUCCAGAAAUCAGUCUACUGCUUUGUUCAUCUGAGCGUUCAGGAGUUUCUGGCAGCAGUCUACAUGUUCCACUGUUACACCAACAAGAAGACACAGGUUCUGAAGAACUUCCUGGGAAGAGACUACCGGAUCUCCACUAAGUCUCUGGAUAUCUUUCUAUGUGAAGCCAUGAAGAAAUCCCUGCUCAGUGAAAAUGGUCACGUGGACCUGUUAGUUCGCUUCCUUCAUGGCCUCUCUCUGGAGUCCAACCACAGACUCUUAGGAGGUCUGCUGGGUCAGACAAAGAACAGUCCAGAGAUCAUCCAGAGAGCCAUCAAUAAGCUGAAGAUGAUGAGGAAUGAUAACAUGUCUCCUGACAGAAGCAUCAACAUCUUCCACUGUCUGAUGGAGAUGAACGACCUCUCAGUUCAUCAGGAGAUCCAAGAGUUCCUGAAGUCAGAGAACAGAUCAAAGAAGAAACUCUCUGUGAUCCAGUGCUCAGCUCUGGCCUACAUGCUGCAGAUGUCAGAGGAGGUUCUGGAUGAGUUGGACCUGAAGAAGUACAACACAUCAGAUGAGGGACGACAGAGACUGAUCCCAGCUGUGAGGAACUGCAGAAAGGCUCGAUUAACUGGAUGUGGACUCUCAGAGACUCAUUGUGAAGUUGUGGCCUCAGCUCUGAAGUCCAACCCUUCCUAUCUGACAGAGCUGGACAUGAGUGAUAAUAUCCUGGAGGAUUCAGAUUCAGAUGUGAAGCAUCUUCUUGAUCUUGUGGAGAGUCCAGACUAUAAACUGGAGACUCUGAGAUUGAACAGCUGCAGUUUGUCAGAGAUCAGCUGUGAUUCUCUGGUCUCAGCUCUGAAGUCCAACCCCUCCCAUCUGAAACAUCUGGAUCUGACUAACAACAACCUGAAGGAUUCAGGAGUGAAGCAGCUGUGUGGUUUUCUGGAGAGUCCAGACUGUAGACUGGAGAUGCUGGAUUUGGAGAGCUGCUGGUUGACAGAGACCAGCUGUGAUUAUUUGGUCUCAGCUCUGAAGUCCAACCCCUCCCAUCUGCAACAUCUGGACCUGAGAGGAAACAUCCUGAAGGAUUCAGGAGUGAAGCAUCUUCUUGAUCUUGUGGAGAGUCCAGACUAUAAACUGGAGACUCUGAGGUCAGACUCCAUGUUUUCUUUGUGUGCUGAGAUGAAUAUGAUGGUAAAGUUGUGGUGACAUCAGGCUGAUAUUCAAGAUGGCGGCGCGUACGUACGCAGCGGCUCAGGGCUCUCGGCUUCGGUUUGUUUUAUUCGUGCUUUUGUGUGUUUUUUCACUGUUGCUCCAGUCACUGGAGGCAUUAAUUUAGUUCGGCAGGACUGAGUUAUUGCAUAUUGGAAGGAACUGCCAACUUUAUACAAAUCCCAAGCUGGACUUCAUUCCACCAGAGAUCCAGCGAACCACCACGGCUCUCGUCGUCCCCCCUCUGUGGCCUAGGAGACGGAGGAGAAACCGUAAACAAAAGCGGGGCAAGAGGAGCGGCGUGCGUGCUAGGGUUAGGGCUACAUGCUAACCCGCACCGGCCGGCUCUUCCCAGUUUUCUCCUCGCCAAUGUCCGAUCACUGGCCAACAAAAUGGACCAGAUUCGGCUGAGGAUCGUCUCGCGGAGGAUGGACAGCUGUGUGGCCGUCAUCACGGAAACCUGGCUGGACAACAACACACCCGACGCCGCGGUGGAGCUGGCGGGACGCUCUUUGUUCCGAGCAGACCGGACUGCAGCCUCUACUAAAUCCAGAGGUGGAGGACUCGCGCUCUACGUACACAACUCCUGGUGUACAGCCACUCACGUCAUCGGAACGCACUGCACACCUGAUCUGGGAUACCUGGCUGUGAAAUGCAGGCCAUUCAAGACGGUGAGAGAGUUCUGCUCCAUCCUGAUCAUAGCUGUUUACAUUCCACCGCGGGCUAACGCUAAGCUAGCGCUAGAGGAGCUGUACUGUCUGAUCAGCAGGCAGAUGAACUCCAACCCAGAGGCAGCUGUGAUUGUGGCUGGAGACUUCAAUCAUGUGAAUCUCAAAGCAGUGCUUCCAAAAUUCUACAAGUCCAUACACUUUCCAACCAGAG